AUGUGUGUGCAAUACCAGCUAGGCAACUGGUCGGAGGCCCGGCAGCUGAGCGAGGCAGCGUCCCGCGAUGACCCGUACUCGUGCGCGGCGCGCGUUACGGCGGCGCUGGCGGCGGCCCGCGCGGACGGGGCGGCCCCCGGGGCCCCGGCGGCUCCCGCCUGGCGGACUGCCGCCGACCUGCUCACUGCCGCCACGCAUCUAGACCCUGCUGACCUCAUCGCUGCUCAUGAUCUGGCUCUAGCUUUAGAGCGGAGUGAGGAGGAGAGUGCGGUGGAGGGUGCGAUAGGUCGCUGGUCGCUGGUGCGCGGCGCGGGCGGUGCGGGCGCCACGCUGCGCGCGCUGUCCGCCGCCGGCCUGGCCCGCGCGCACCACCGACUGCGGGACGCCGGCGCCGCCGACCACUGGUACAGCCUCAUCGGCAAUUUUGAUACUGGAGUAACGUGUGCGCUUGCGCAACUGCACAGCGAGAUGGGUGACACGCAAACUGCCAAACACCAUUACCAAGAUGUGGAGGCAGUGUGGCCGUGCGAGGUGUCUGCGCUGGAGUGGCUGGGCAGCGAGGCGCCCCCCGACGCCGCGCUGCAGUACUACCGCCGCGCCGCCAGGCUGCAGCCCAACAAUCCUCAAUGGGGGUUGUUGAUGGGACAAUGUCUGCGCUCGAGUGGACGGUAUCAAGAAGCUCUGUCUCUGUAUAAGAAAAUGAAUGCACGAUUCCCUGAUAAUGUUCAAUGUCUGAAGUUGAUAGUGAAGCUAUGUGGCGACCAAGGACUGGCAGAGACUUCGUCUUGGACACGAGAACUUCAACGAGCGCAAGCGAGAGUCAAGCAAAAAGAACAAGUAUCAGUUACGUCAGCCGGAAGUAUCUCCUCGGGGGCCAGUCAAUCACCUAUCGACCAAAUCAGAGGUCAGUUACACGAAAAAUAUAGUAAAUACUACAAAACAUUGCAUAAGCCUUCCCAUGUAUCGCUUCUGUUUGUUUUUCUUUUUAUCGCAUACGAGUAUCUCUAAAAUAAGGUUAAAUCGCGGAAAUUCCAGAAAAAAUACAUACUUGCCUUAUCGUUUCUAUUUGUUUUCGAUUAAUCGUUAUUUGUGAACAAAUUAAUAUCUACGCCGCUACCUGUUCAGGUGAUUCAUGAUUGUAUUUAAACUAUUUUAAAGUGGCGUGAUGCACACCUAUGUAUUUUCAAAAUAAGUUAGAUUAGAUUUGUAUUAAUUAAUUCAUGAUUCAUGAUUACAUUGUGAAAACUAUUUAAAGCGGUUUCAGCGUGGCGUAGUAAACAUAGCACUAUAUUUAGUAACUUUAAUAUAGUCCUUUCUGAAGUAUUGAAAUAGUAGGUAAGUAAUUACGUGGGAAUUGUGCAGGCGGUAGUCGCGUGGGCAGCGCGGCGGGCGGCGGCCCCGCGGCCUCGCGCCGCGCCAGCGACUCCCGACCCGACAGCGCGCUCAAUAGGACAUACACGUAUUCAGCCACAUCAAAUCAGGAUGGUUUGCAGCCAGUCAGCAGGUCUAUAAACCGUUCGGAAGCCAAGAAGAAACAUAUCGAUGAAUUUGAUGACGAUCUACCACUGCCACCAGAGUAAAAUUAAUGUUUAUUGCUAAUGUAAUUAACGUCCAUUAUUAAUAAUACAGUGCAAUUUUUACGGUAA